AUGCCCGCUCUAUUCAUCAGCAGACGCACCGUUCAUUCAAUUUGCAUUUUAGUUGCUGUAGGGUGGAUAUGGUACCGCACAAUGAGUUCGACCUAUCCUUGUGCGGCGCCUAUCCUUGAUAAUUGCUCUUUCUACGCGUCAUGCUUGGAGAUGAAGUACCACUGCGGUCCAGCCGGCUACCCCAUUGGUUACGGAGAGAAGUUCUGCACAAAGUUCAGCGACGAUCGCUCUUUGCUCAGCGCCAAAGGACAGACAUGGAUGGUGGACACGAUGCAUUGUCUUCAAGAGGCGCUCGUCCCGGAUGCUUUUGGUUCCGCCGAAACCUGCAGUGUGCUGGAGGACAAGGCAUUCGGGACGCACGCCAAAUGUUAUAUCGAUAAUGGCCUGUGCUUUUUGCCUGUCGUGGAUUGGGAGGCAAUUGUCAAGAUAGUCGAACUGCGGACUCUUUUCGGGAGCUGGGAUGCAUUUUUAGAGACCUUGAAGGCCGGGGAGGGUUGUUUGGAGGCGUAUGCCCAUUUCACGCAGCAUGCUCUACAAUGA